GAGGGGCAGAGAGUGAGGGAGACACAGAAUCCGAAGCAGGCUCCAGGCUCUGAGCUGUCAGCACAGAGCCUGACUCAGGGCUCAAACUCAAGGACUGCAAGAUCAUGACCUGAGCCAAAGUCAGACACUUAAACGACUGAGCCACCCAGGUGCCCCUCUUAUAGUUUUUUUUCUUUUUUUAAGAACAUCUAGUAACAGGUUAAGGAGUGAACAAGCUGGUAGGACACCAAUCUAUAUGGGAAUAAACUAUCACCAGAGUAAACUGGUAACGUGAUGCCAGUUAAUCAGAUUUUCACUCAUGGUUCCCUAACAUGGUCUUGUUCAGAUAUGGUACCAGACCACCGAGAUCAGAGACCAACCACAAACAAAGUGAAAGCUUUCUUUUUGGACGCAACCCUUUGCCGUUGAAUAUUUUUGAGAUGUCUGUACAAGUUACAAGGAGCAGCUGUAACCACACCACUACCCGUGAGUCCAGCCAGCUGACACUUGCCUAGACUUAGCAGCCACAGCCAGAUGAGAUUUGGAAAGGCAAAAUGCACAGGUUGUGGUUUGUCUGAUUGCUGAAAUUAUAAAUCCUUUAUCAGAGCUUUCAAGAAGCUGUCUCGUCCAUAAAAUGGCAUACAAUAAAUUCACUGUUUUGAACAUGAGAGGUAAGUUAUUUCCAGCAGCAGCAGCAGCAGCAAAUCUUUUGGCCCCGGUGACCAGUAAAUAAAUAUUAAACACAAGUUUUUUAGUAGUUCUUUGAAGGGACUGUCCAUUAUUAAUCCUUAUCUGAUUGUAUUUGAGGAAACAUAUCUUUGUCUCAUUUCCAGUCACUCAGUUUUUGUUUGUUCACGUGUUUGUCUGUGUGUGUGUGUGUGUGUGUGUGUGUGUGUGUGUGUGUGUGUAGUCCUCACCAGUCUUCACCAGUUUGCAAGACAGUCCUGGAAAAGAAGACUCAACGGGGAGAGUCUUUGGCGCUCUCUUCUCCCGCUGUUUGCAAUAUAAAAUAUAGGAUAAUUGAAAUCAGUUUUUCCACAGUUCUUAUGAGGAAGGUUUUCUCUCAUUGGAAAAGCCACAGAGUGAACAGCUGCGUUCCAGAAUAUUGUCAAGCAGGAAGCGUGACUGCUUCUUCUGCUGAAGGGUCCCAACCCAUUCACUAAUAAGGAAAUUCAACUUUUAACACAACAUUUGCCAUUUUGCUUUGUUUUGUUUUGUUUUGUUUUGUUUUUUCUGCAUGCGUAGCCAUUGUAGGUAAAAUUAUAUGUGGAUAUAUUAAAACUUAAAUGCUAUAUGACAUCAAAAAUAUUUGUUGUGCCCCCAAAUAUUCACUCCAUUCUCCUCAAAGUUAAGAAAAAAAAAUCCAGGAAACUUACUUGUUUGUAUUAUGUGUACCUGGGGAAGUUUUUCACACAGAGGGAGCCACAGAACAAAACUUGAGCUGCCUUCCUUUCUGCUUCCAGGAAUGCCAAUCAGAGAACAUUCUUUUUCAGACAGCCAAGUUUGGAAGUCAGUUGGUUUCUGGCAGUAACAAGGGGGAGGGGAUGGCAGGAGGGAAAGCACAGUGAGUCCUCGGGCUGCCUUAAGCUUCCAAGUGUUUCCGUAAUAGCCAUCAAUGAAAGCAUCUCCUUUUACCCACGCAGAGACAGAUAAAUGAAGAUUUACCGAUCCCUGGAUGAAGUGCUCGGAAAGUCUUUAAAUGCCAUAGUCAACUGCCAUUUCAAAGAAGAGAAAAUAGAUGGUUUUGGAAAGUUCAUGCUGUUUCUUCAUUGAAUUUUAGAAUGAUUGAAGAUAGUGGGAAAAGAGGAAAUACCAUGGCAGAAAGAAGACAGCUGUUUGCAGAGAUGAGGGCUCAAGAUCUGGACCGUAUCCGACUCUCCACCUACAGAACAGCAUGCAAGCUUAGGUUUGUGCAAAAGAAAUGCAACUUGCACCUGGUGGACAUUUGGAACGUCAUAGAAGCGUUGCGGGAAAAUGCUCUGAACAACCUGGACCCUAACAUAGAACUCAGUGUGGCCCGCUUGGAGGCUGUGCUUUCCACCAUUUUCUACCAGCUCAACAAACGGAUGCCAACCACUCACCAAAUCCAGGUGGAACAGUCCAUCAGCCUCCUGCUUAACUUCCUGCUGGCAGCCUUUGAUCCGGAAGGCCAUGGUAAAAUUUCAGUAUUUGCUGUCAAAAUGGCUUUAGCCACGUUGUGUGGAGGGAAGAUCAUGGACAAAUUAAGAUAUAUUUUCUCAAUGAUUUCUGACUCCAGUGGGGUGAUGGUUUAUGGACGAUAUGAUCAGUUCCUGCGGGAAGUUCUCAAACUACCCACGGCGGUUUUUGAAGGUCCUUCAUUUGGUUACACAGAACAGUCAGCUAGAUCCUGUUUCUCUCAACAGAAAAAGGUCACCUUAAACGGUUUCUUGGACACACUCAUGUCCGACCCUCCCCCGCAGUGUCUGGUCUGGCUGCCCCUUCUGCAUCGGCUGGCAAAUGUAGAAAAUGUGUUCCAUCCGGUGGAAUGUUCUUACUGCCACAGCGAGAGUAUGAUGGGAUUCCGCUACCGAUGCCAACAGUGUCACAAUUACCAGCUCUGUCAGGACUGCUUCUGGAGGGGACAUGCCGGUGGUUCCCAUAGCAACCAACACCAAAUGAAAGAGUACACAUCAUGGAAAUCACCUGCUAAGAAGCUAACUAAUGCAUUAAGCAAGUCUCUGAGCUGUGCUUCCAGCCGUGAACCCUUGCACCCCAUGUUCCCUGACCAGCCUGAGAAGCCACUCAACUUGGCGCACAUCGUGCCACCCAGACCUGUAACCAGCAUGAAUGACACCCUCUUCUCCCACUCUGUCCCCUCCUCAGGAAGUCCUUUCAUUACCAGGAGCAUGCUUGAGAGUUCGAACCGGCUCGAUGAAGAACACAGACUGAUCGCCAGGUACGCGGCAAGACUGGCAGCAGAGUCCGCUUCGUCUCAGCCGACGCAGCAGAGAAGUGCUCCUGACAUCUCCUUCACCAUUGAUGCGAAUAAGCAACAGAGGCAGCUGAUCGCAGAGCUAGAAAACAAGAACAGAGAAAUCUUACAGGAGAUCCAGAGGCUGCGGCUAGAGCAUGAACAAGCUUCUCAGCCCACUCCAGAGAAGGCACAGCAAAACCCCACUCUGCUGGCAGAACUCCGGCUCCUCAGACAGCGCAAGGACGAGCUGGAACAGAGAAUGUCUGCUCUCCAGGAGAGCCGGAGAGAGCUAAUGGUCCAGUUAGAAGGUCUCAUGAAGCUACUAAAGACCCAGGGGGCAGGCUCUCCUCGCUCCUCCCCCAGCCACACCAUCAGCAGGCCCAUCCCCAUGCCUGUGCGGUCCGCGUCUGCCUGCUCCAGCCCGUCCCACACGCCUCAGGACUCCCUCACGGGGGUAGGGGGUGAUGUUCAGGAGGCGUUUGCACAAAGUUCAAGAAGAAACUUAAGAAAUGACUUACUGGUAGCAGCAGAUUCCAUCACUAACACCAUGUCCUCUCUUGUGAAAGAGCUGAAUUCCGAGGUGGGGAGUGAAACUGAGAGUAAUGUGGAUUCUGAAUUUGCACGGACUCAGUUUGAGGAUCUGGUUCCAUCGCCAACCACUGAAAAGGCUUUUCUAGCACAAAUCCACGCCCGAAAACCUGGGUACCUCCACGGUGGCGCUACCCCCAGCACCAUGCGUAGUGACGUGGUCACAGAAGAUGGGGACCCCUACGUGCAGCCAGAGGAUGAGGACUAUGAAAAUGACUCUGUCCGGCAGCUGGAGAACGAGCUCAAAAUGGAAGAGUACCUGAAGCAGAAGCUGCAGGAUGAAACCUACCAGGUAUGGGGAGCCAGGCCCAGCCCCCAACCCCCGGGCCCUCACCCCUCGGUGGCUGGGUCUUUGACAUGACUCAGAAAAUCCCCACCCACUCCUUUCUUCCACCUUCCCUCUCCAGAAUAUUCUGCGUGCAUUUCUUACUCCACAUAUUCUAAACAGUAAGAACUGUAAAUGCUGAGAGCUACAGCUCACCAUUAAUUCUUAGAAAUUCUGACCCGAAAACUGAAAAAGACCUCAUUGCCUUAGUGGAAAUGCAUGGGGAUGGAUGGAAACAAUCCAUCUUCCUCCAAGAUCGCUGGGAAAGAUGUUUUUUCUCAUGGAUUAAAAAAAAAAAAACAGGGCACAGGGCACCCGGAAACUGAAUAAGCAUAAAUAUAUUUCCUCCCUUGAAUCGUUUGCCCUCAGCUUCCCCCACUGCCCACCUCAUGUCAAAAUAAAUAUGUGGGAGAGUAUCAAAUCUCAUGGAGAAAUGUGGUGGGGGGGAGAACUGUAGGCUCCAUGUUCAGCAGGGUGUGGAUGGGCAGAUUUUCAUAUAUACUGGGGUAUACUAUUAAUCCACCUGAGAAUUUACUGGACAUAACACAUGCAAUUGGGAAUAAGUGUUGAUUAGUAAGUCAUCCUAAAAGGGAUGCGUUUUCCCCAUGGAGUAGUUCUACUGCAGUGUUUGUCUUGCUUGAAUAUUUCUCCUCCCUGUAAUUCACAGGUGUUUCCUUGAGGCUGUGGGAGUUCAGGGAUGUUUGCGUGGUUGAGACCUACUGCCUCCCCCCCAGGUCCCCUUGGGAUAGUUCUUCAUGUCAGGCUUUCUGUCCAUUAAGCAGACGAGCCUCUUCCACACUCUUAGAUGAGCAGCGUCCCCCUCUUAGUCUGUUAAUGAAGGAAAGAGAAGCAGAGAGGGGGCGCCUAGGUGACUCAGUCGGUUGGGCGUCCAGCUUUGGCUCAGGUCAUGAUCUCACGGUCUGUGGGUUCGAGCCCCAUGUCAGGCUCUAUGCUGACAGCUUGGAGCCUGGAGCCUGCUUCAGAUUCUGUGUCUCCCUCUCUCUCUCUGCCCUACCCCUACUCAUGCUCUGUCUCUUUCUGUCUCAAAAAUCAAAAUAAACAUUAAAAUUUUUUUAAAAAGAGAGAGGCAGAAAGAACAGAUUACCUCUACUUCUUGUAUGUUUAUGGAUUGUUUUGAAAUAUUUUCCCAAGAAGAAUGUAGCAAGAGAAAAACUGGAGCCUACCAACCCCACCCCAAUAGUAUCAAAUAAAGUUUGGCGCCUUUGAAAUGUUCCAUUAGCCUUUUCAGUUUAACAACGUUUUAGAAGCAACUAAAAUGUAGGCUUAGUCAUAAAAAAAAAAAGAAAAAGAAAAAAAAGAAAAAAAAAUCAAUGAUUGUGUAUGUAAAGCCAUGAGUCAAUGUUACAGAAACAGAAACGGUCAAAUUUGCCUGAAGGGGAGACCCAGGGAGAAUGCUCUCACUUUGCCACUUCUAUGACCCGUCCACGGAGGGAAAUUAGCCUGGAUGAAGAAGCUGCCAGGGUGUCUCUGGGAACUCUGAAGGAUGGCAUUCCUACACGUAUUUCAUUUGGCUCUGCUGCACAGAGGGAGAGAGGGAUGUGGUUAAAUAAUCAAUGUUCUGGUUGAUGCUGUUCAAGGUGCCUGUUAGGCCUCCCUCUUUGAGCCCAUAUCAGUUUCUGGAUUUGGGUGACAAUGGUAACUGAAAUUCUAGAUUUUUUUAAAAGGGAGACAGUCGUUUCAUAUAAAAUAUUAGAUUUUUAUUUACAUUAAUGAAUUAGGAACUUAACCUUGUAGGAGUAAAAUGAAGGGAAAUUCUAUUAAUGGCUUAAGAUCCAACUGGAGUUUUCGCCGGUUAAUCUUAAGCUCUUUCUCUCCUUUCCUUUCCAUGCCCAGUGGCUUCCAGGGAAAGGCAAAGAAAAGGUGUAGGAGGACAUAGUAGGCCCGUGGGUUCCCACUCAAAACGCAUGCCCUAGAGAACGUUGAAGUGGUUUUCCUUGACUACUCUGUGAGCACAUGCUUGCUUGAGGGGUCGGAAUGCUGUUUUCGUUCGUUGGACUCUCUCUGUCUUUCUGCAUGGCUUCCAACCAAAUAAUUCACCAGCUUGACCGCGUCACAGACUUGACAUGUCACCUUUCUUGUUUGUGUCCUUUGUCAC